CAGCCGCUCUUGCCAUCACACGUACACCCCCGACCAACCAAGCGAACCACACAACCACGAGAGCGGAGCACCGAGCCCAGGCAGGAUCCCAUGGCCGCCACCGCCGUCGCGGCGUCUCUGUCCGUGGCCCGGGGGCUCGGGAAGCCCCUCCGCGCCGGCGGCAGCAGCAGCGCGUCGUCGCUCCGCGUCUCGCCCCGCGGCAGGCCGGCCAGCAGCAGGGUGGCCGUCGUCCGGGCGUCGUCGUCCGCGCAGAGCCCGGCCAAGGAUUGGGCGGCCGCGGCGGCCGUCGCGGCGGCGCUGGUGCUGCCGGAGGUCGCGGAGGCCGCGCAGCCGGGGAUCUCGCCGUCGCUCAAGAACUUCCUCCUCAGCAUCGUCUCCGGCGGGGUCGUACUCGUCGCCAUCGUCGGCGCCGUCGUCGCCGUCUCCAACUUCGACCCCGUCAAGCGGGGCUGAGCUCCACCGCGAGCACGGCCGCGCCAUGGCUGUGCGUAUACCUAUGUACUGAGACUGAGAGCGGUCGUCGAUCUCUUUCUCCGUGUGCUUCCGGACGAACAGUACUGUCUGAUCUGAUGCUCAAUCUUUUGCCGUGUAAAUCUCAUUAAUUUCCUGCUCGUGAAAUCUCGUGAUCCCUAAGAGCCCCCACACGUUCAUCUAGGAUCGAUCGAUCAGUUCGAUUUUAGUUUACGGUGGGUCGCCUAGAGUUUCGCUUUGCGACACAUGCCGUGUCGGAAUUCAAUCGGGCUAUAGACUGGAGGAGAUCACUGAAGCGACGUUUCUUUGAAGAAAUAAAAUGAUGAGCACAACAUUAUUGAUUA